CAAAAAUACAAUUGAUAAUCGUUAAACAUGUAAUGUCAGCUGCAUAUAGAUUAAGUGUCAGUAAGUAAGCUUUAUUCAUAUUCGGAUAAACUCGUCCCGGUGAACUUUGAAGCGUCUGAGCUAGCUUAGCUUGCUAGCUGCUAACAAAGAGACCCGGAAGUUAUCGACACAUCCCGAAUCAGAGCGUAAGUGUGCAAAGUACAAAUGCCGAGAGCGUUGGUGAACCGGCGACCAACUGCGGAUGUCCAAUGAAUGUUUAUAGUGUGAGAAAGAACGAUAGCAGAGUACUAGGAGGAAGUUUGUCGAACAAAAGAGAAGAACGACAACAUCAAAUACCGGAAGCUGUUUGCAAGGAACCUCGAGUUCUACACAAGGUAGACGUCAGUCAAGAACAUCUCCCCCCUGAGCAGCAGGAGCGGACCUCCAGGAUGGAGCAGGCAGAGCCACAGCACCCCCACAUUAAAGAGGAAGAGGAGGAGCCACAGACCCUCCACCUUCAAGAGGAGGGGGAGGAGCCACAGCCUCCCAACAUUAAGGAGGAAGAAGAGCCACAACAGACCCCCCACAGUGAAAAAGAAGAAGAGGACCCACAGCCCACCCGACUUAAAGUGGUUAAGGAGGAUCCACAGUACCUCCACAUUAAAGACGAAGAGGAGGAUCACAGCAUCAAUCAGGAGGGAGGGCAUCUUGAGGAGUUCCCCGUGAUUUGUUUCACUGUGAAGAGUGAAGAAGAAGAAGGUAAAAGUGAGGAGAAGAGAGAGGCGGAGCCUCAAAGCAGCAGCUCAACUCAACACCCAACAGAAGCCGAAGGAGACCGCUGUGGAGGAUCACCAGCACACAACCUCUUAGCUCCGCUAUCAGAUAGCGAUGACACGACGUCACACUCUCCUGACACCGAUGAUGAUGACGACUCCGAAACUGAUAUGACACAUCACACUGACAACAAACGCUGGAAAUGCUCUCAAUGUGACAAAACUUUUGUCAGCAAAAGAGACCUGAAGAGACACCGGAGAUGUCACACUGGAGAGAAACCUUUUGCCUGCUCAGUUUGUGGAAAAGGAUUCUCUCAGCAGUCAAAUUUGAAUGUACACAAAAGAAUACACACUGGAGAGAAACCCUUUGCUUGCUCAGCUUGCGGUAAACGAUUCUCAAAGAAGACAACACUGAAAGUACACGCAAGGACACACACGGGAGAGAAACCUUUUCCUUGCUCGGUGUGUGGCAAAAGAUUCAAUCAAAAGGGUGUUUUUAAAAGACACGCUCAAACACACACUGGAGAGAAACCUUUUCUUUGCAUAGUUUGCGGUAAACGGUUCUCCGAUAAGGCAACCUUGAAGGUGCACACAAGAGUGCACACUGGAGAGAAACCGUUUCCCUGCUCACAUUGUGGGAAACGGUUCUCUGAUAAGGCAACUUUGAAAGUGCACACAAGGGUACACACUGGAGAGAAACCUUUUCCCUGCUCACUUUGUGGCAAAAGUUUCUCCGGUAAGAAAACUUUGAAAGUGCACACAAGAAUACACACCGGAGAGAAACCCUUUCCAUGCUCGGUUUGUGGUAAAAGUUACACGCAGAAAGGUGCGUUGAGCAGACACACUAGAAUGCACACUGGAGAGAAACCCUUCCCCUGCUCGGUGUGCGGUAAAAGAUUCUAUCUUAACGGCGAGUUAAAAAGACACGCCAGACUACACACCGGAGAGAAACCUUUCCCCUGCUCGGUGUGUCGUAAGAGUUUCUCCGAUAAGACAAGUUUGCUCAGACACACACGAACACACACCACGGGAGAAAACAAGAUUUCUUGCUCAGUGUGUGGUCAGCCAUUCACAAAUAGAGCAAACCUGAGGGAACACGUGAGAAGCCACACUGAAGAGGAUACAUCUUUUUUAAAGGAUGCAUCUGCUAACAAAGAUUGUGUAAAAAUGUGCAAAGUCCAAAUGCUGAGAGCGUUGGUGAACCAGCGACUGACCGCGGCGGUUGAAGAAAUAUUCAUAGUGUUGGAAAGAACGAUAGCAGAGUACGAGGAGGAACUUUCUCGAACCAAAGAGGAGAACGAGCGACAACGUCAACUCCUGGACGCUGUUUUUGAGAAGCCUGGAGUUGUGUUGCGCAAGGCAGACAUCAGUGAAGAAUAUCUUCCCCCUGAGCAGCAGGAGUGGAACUCCAUGAUGGAGUGCAAGGAGCCACUGCCCUCCCAUAUUAAAGAGGGGGCACAGGAAGAGCCCCCUGUGGUCGGUGUCGCUGUGAAGAGUGAAAACGAUGAAGAUGAAAGCGGCACAACUCAAUACGUGACAACCCAUGAAGACCACUGUGGAGGAUCAGGAACACACAACCUCUUAGCUCCGCUAUCAGAUAGCGACGACACGACGUCAUGCUCUCCUGACACGGAUGACGACGACUCGAAAUCUGGUGUGACGUGUCACGCUGGCAACGCGCGCUUUAAAUGCUCCCAGUGUGACAAAACUUUUCUUUACAAGAGAAAUUUGAGAAAACACACCAGACAGCACACGGGAGAGAAACCUUUCACCUGCUUAGUUUGCGGUAAAAGAUUCUCCCUACAGUCAGUUUUGAAAGUACACACAAGAAUACACACUGGAGAGAAACCUUUUUCUUGCACAGCGUGUGGCGAAAGAUUCCCUGUGAAGGCAGCUUUGAAAGUACACACACUAAUGCACACUGGAGAGAAACCUUUUCCCUGCACAGUGUGCGGUAAAAGAUUCAAUCAAAAAGGAGGUUUAAAGAAACACUCUAAAGUACACACUGGAGAGAAACCUUUUUCCUGUGUUGUUUGUGGUAAACGUUUCACUGAGAAGGGAAAUUUGGAAGUACACACAAGAAUCCACACCGGAGAUCGACCCUUUCCUUGCACCAUGUGCGGUAAAAGAUUCCAGCUCAAUGGCGGUUUAAAAAGACACACUAGAAUACACACUGGAGAGAAACCUUUUCCGUGCUCGGUUUGUGGUAAAAGCUUUGCAGAUAAGACAACGUUGACUAGACACGCAAGGACACACUCUUGUGAAAACGACUGAAAGUUUUUUAAAGGACACAAACAUUCAGCCGGGCUGCAAAGAACACAAUAAGGGAACUAUGAACACCGAGGCGGUGUUGCUCAUCUUAAACAAACAAACAAAAACUAAAGUGCUAAAAGAAGAACUAACAUUGCUAACUGACACAAUGCUAAACCCCCUGGUCAGCAACCCAUAACCAAAGACUCUACAGAUAGCAAGACAUCCAGGUUAGCCGGCAAUGCAUGUAAUACAAUGUCGUACGCCAUGGAGCGGAAAGUCCGCCAUGACAGUGCACAACAGUGUACGAUGUUAUUUGCUGAACAGAUUGAAUACAUGUACAUAUAUAUGAAUAUGUAAGAAACCAUUAGGCUGCACAGGUAUGACCUACGUGUAGAUAUCAAUAAAAACGAAAGAGCAUGAACUUUUGACGGCUUUUCGGAUAAAGACAAGAUAAUUAAACGCAUCUGCCAACUCUCGUACCAUCUUAAUGACAAAUGAAGUGAAGGACACGUAUGACCAGACUACAAAGCCAUCAGCAACAACAGAAGUGGCAUUAAUGUAUUUUAUUGUAUUAUUGAUUAGCUCCAGUAUAGCAAAGUUAUUAAAAAUAACCAACGCAGAGACUUAUUAUGUUGUAAAAUUAGCAGGUUUGGUUCCAUGUGUUUGUUCGUGUUGUUUACUCUGAUGUAAACAAACGCUGUUGAGCUAAAAUGGCGCCCGGCGGCCCACAACCCAUAGCGCGAUCACGUGCAAGUAUCGUGAGAGUUCGUCUUGGCCUCGUGAUACCAAACAGAGGCGCUAGCAAACCGGAUGAUAUUUUGGACGCUAAAUAAACGAACGCAGGUCAAAAGAAACUUUUCGCAAAAAUGUUUUUUUUAAGUGAAACACAUGCUAACCGUUGUUCUGUUUGGCAAAUAAUAUUAAUUUAAUGAAAGUGUAUUUUAGCUAGCCCCAACCAGCUCGCUUGCUUACCAUCAUGGCGGACUUUCUGCUCCAUGGAACGAUACACUCUGUUACACCAGGUAUUAUUGUGUUCCUCCAACUGGGUGUGUAAAUAAAGUUUUAAAUUAAGUGUUCAAGUUUCUCCCGAGUGUAAAUUCUUGUGUUUUUAACUUACUUUUACGAAUGAAUGUUGUACCACACACCAAACAAGAAAAAUGUUUCUUUCCGGUGUGUUUUCUUGCGCAUAGUCUCAAAUUUGACUGCCUAAUAGUCACAAACUGACUAUUUUUGUUAGGAUUUUACAAAAUCUCACACUUUAUAUCAUCGCUCAAUAAAUGUGGGCAGUAUUAGAACGAUAGCAAAGUCAAAUAAAUAAAAAACUUUACUGAGAAAAGCCAAUCACGGGGACACACAAAACAAGAAAAAAAACAUUGGGUCAUUGAGUGGAACCAUGCACGUCAUUAGGUCGAAUUUAGGCAGCCUUGAGCCCCCUAUAACUGUAUUAUUAUUAUUAUAUCAUUCAAUUCAGACAUGCCCAUUUGCAAUCGGGCAUGGAGUUGAAUCUCCAUGUUGAAGGAUGCCUCGGGAAUCCUCUUUUGUGGGAUUUUUUUUAGUGAUUUUUGCUAGUGUGUGCUCUUAUGUCUUAACAAAGACUUCUUAUGAGAGAAACUUUGGGCGCAAACCGCACAGGAAAAAGGUUUCUCUCCAGUGUGCGUUCUUAUGUGUGUUUUUAAAUAACUUUUGCGAUAAAAUCUCUUGUUGCACACCGUGCAAGGAAAGGGUUUCUCUCCAGUGUGUAUGCUAGCGUGUCGAUUCAGAUCGCAUUUCCGAUGGAAUCUUUUCUCACACAACGAACAAGGAAAGGCUUUCUCUCCAGUGUGGAUGCUCGUGUGCUCCUCCAAGUGAGACUUAAUACUGAAUCCUUUACCGCAAAAUGAGCAGGAAAAAGGAUUCUCUCCCGUGUGCAUUAUUGUGUGCCUCUUUAAGUUACCUUUUCUGUAAAAUCUUUUCCCACAAACCGUGCAAGGAAAAGCUUUCUCUCCAGUGUGGAUACUUGUGUGCUUCUUUAAAUCACAUUUUCGUUUGAAUCCUUUACCGCACGCUAAGCAAGUAAAACGUUUGUCUCCAGUGUGCAUUACCGUGUGUUUCUUUAAAUCACACUUUCGAUUGAAUCUUUUACCGCAUGCCGAGCAAGGAAAAGGUUUGUCGUCACCGUGUGUUCCCGUGUGUUCCUUCAAAUGUGACCGCUGAGAGAAUCUGUCACCGCAAACCGAGCAGGCAAACGGUUUCUCUCCGGUGUGUCUCAUGUGUCUUAUUAGAUUUCUCUUGUGAACAAACGUUUUGUCACACUGAGAGCAUUUCCAGCGUGCGUUGUCAGCGCGACGUGUCAUGUCAGCUUCGAAGACGUCAU